UCUUCGAGCCAGUAGUGCUCGAAAUUAUCUGUAACGGUACACACUCAGACGUUAAUUUCCUCUAACUUCUUGACAAUUUGACACACAUCCUCUGUCUAUCAGAACCUGGACUCAAAAUACGCCUAAUUAAAACCCAAAUUUCUAAAGUUUCUCAAGGAGGGACGGUCAAAUUUGAAUUCCUAAGAAAUCUCGAGAAAAUCGCUGGCGAUAAUGGUUCAAUAUCUGUGAUGUUAACUCGAAAUCUUAGAUAGUUUACGUGAAUAAACAAAUCCAAGUCGUUUGGAACUCCGAUAAGCUUGAAUCGAUGGGGAAAGCGAUUUUUAUGAAUGAACAUGGAAUUGUCGCAGUCGGCCCCUCCUGGCGCUUCCCCUGGAAAUGAUUUUGGGAUUGAUUGUAAAUAGAACCGAGGACGCGAAAACAUAGUGCGGGCAAUGGAUUUAAAGUGUUUCCAUUUCGCUAAAUGCUCCCUCUAAGUGACGGAUGAGUGAAAAUGUAAAUAGCAAAGCCAAACUGAACGAGGUGCGAAUUUUUGAGAAUGUAAAGUUUUAUAGUUUCGAAUGAGCAAUUUGUCUUCCAAUUAAAUAGGAAUCUUAAAUUAUCUAAAUGUCGUUAAAAAGUUCGAUUGUGAGAAUGUGAUAAACCUGGAAUAUGUGUAAUUCGCCUGGAUGUGUCUGCUUUCAAGAAAUAUACAACCACGUCCUCAGCCGCAGUGUUUCCUGAGAGUUCAAUAAUUUUUAACAUAGUUGUAUUGAUAAUUUUCAACGGGUAGUUAAAUGAGAUCGAAAGGAAUGCCGUGUCGCGCCGCCAGGCGCUGUUUCUUAGUUUUUACAGCCAUCGCCUUACUACCGCUAGCCUUAGUCUAUCUAGUGACAAACGAGCAAGCCUACAAACUUAAAGGAUACGAGGUGGAGUACGCAAAACUGGAAAUUAAUGCACCAUCUAACGUAUCGAGAAAGGAUGCGAUCAUAAGUUCAACUGUGCUCAGAAAGUUGUCAACUAAAAAACUAAAGGCCUAUUCUAAGCAAACAUUAGUGGAAAAAAGUUUUCGUUAUCCUUUAAUGAUACUUGGACCGCUGAAAGCGUUAGCUAAACGUGCCGUGGGCAAAUCUGGAAGAUCGUCAUCGUACAGACACUAUAAGAGAAGACAUAAAUACUUCGAUAAUGAUACAACAUUGCCGACGCUCCCAGAUGACAUUGUUCGAACAAUGCCUCCUAGCAAACUGGAAUUAGUGGAACAGCGAAUGAAAGCCAGACAGAAACUCUUAGCACAAAAAUGUUCACAGCUUGGAUUGGACAUACCAGGCAAUGACUCCAUUCAUAAGCCCAAUUCAUGGGAGUUCUUAGUAAAUCACAAAUAUCAUCUUAUAUGGUGCAACGUAUUUAAAUCCGCAUCUUCAUCAUGGAUGUAUAACUUCAAUGUUUUAGCUGGUUAUUCGCCAGAAUUUUUAAAAAAGACAACUGAUAUACCAUUAGCCUUAGCUAGAAAAAAAUAUCCUAGAGUAUCAUUAGACGAGCUUCAGGAAGCACAAAAUGAUUCAAUUACCUUUAUGAUAGCGAGGCAUCCAUUCGAAAGGCUGUUAAGUGCUUAUAGAGAUAAAUUUAUAUUCGCAUUACCUCAUUCAUUCCACGAUAAAUUAGGCAGUAAGAUCGUUAGGACAUAUAGAAAAAACAAAGCUGAACGGCAUAAACCGAAAUAUCCAACAUUCAGUGAGUUUGUCUCGUGGCUAUUGCACGAAGUUCGGAAAAGUAAUCACAUCGAUAUGCACUUAGUGCCAGCAACUAAAUUCUGCACACCAUGUCUUAUCAAGUUCGAUGUAAUAGCGAAGUUCGAGACGCUGGAGGAGGAUCAAAUGUAUUUAAUUGAAAAAGCGGGAUUGAGUAAUGUGAUAAUGCCAGAAUGGCGCAAUACGGGCAAAGGAAAGAAGACACAGGAGCUUCUACAAACAUUCUACUCCCAAUUAACACGAAAGCAAUUAGAUGGCCUUUAUAACUACUAUAGAUACGAUUUUGAGGUGUUCGGAUACUCCGCCAUAUCUUAUUUCAAUAUUGUUCGGACAGAGGAAAACGCUGAUCCCGACACUUCGUAGACAAAUUACUACAUUAGAUAGGAAAAGUAUUUUGAGGCUAAUUAGUAGACAAUCCGCAAGUCUUCUCGGCUGAUGAUGUUGAUACGAAGCUUGAAAAAUCGCAAGUGCUAGUCGAAAUUUAUAUUGAAAUAUUAGCUUAAAUAUUAGACUCGAUAUAAAUAGGAUCAACGAUUUUCUAAAUAACCAAAGGCAAUACAUUCGAAAUGAGCUUCAGUCUAGAAAAGUAUAUCAAGUCUGGCAUUGGUCAUCUAAUAGAAACAAAUUUGGAAUUUUCAGUUGGUCCUAUCCGUAGUCAAGCAAUAUCUGUAGGAAAACUCACUUUUCGUUCUGAAUCAAAUGAUUUCUUUGGGCCCCCAGUCCAAUUUUAUAAAACUUGAGAAACAAAUAAUUUCCCACAAAGCAAUAGAUUCUCACAUUUAGUUUCAAAGCUUCUGGAAAUGUUGAUAUGGAAGUUGUAUUGCUUUAAAAUACAGCCAACACGGGUUUUUGUUCUAUUCAUCCUUAAAAAUAGAAAGUUUUAUACGAAAUAGAUUGUCGAUUUACUUGUAAAUUCAUGUUGCUUUUCAAAUUAUAUAAAAUAGAAUACCAGACUAUAUUUAAACUUCAGUAUCCUUAGUUAUUCUAAUACGAAUGGUUUUUGAAGUUAAAAGUUGGCUUCCACAAUACAACGUCUCUUUUUCAAAGUCGAUCCAACUCUCUAUUUGUCUGAUAUCCGCUUGGCGUCUGAAAGAUAGAAUAAUAAGAGCCAGUCGGCUACAAACCAAAAACAGCAGCAAACCCCAAUUUCUGCAAUGACUCUGUAGCUUAAUAUUUAGACAUAUCACAAGUGCGAUAGGAAAAAUGUUUAAAUUGAAACCCAACUGGAAAUGUUUUAAGUAGUUAAGGUUCAUGAAAGAAGUAGAUAAACUACUAGACGUAUUGAGAAAUCGCUUACAUAACGAGGCAUAGAAACGCAACCAAAGCUAUUCAUAAUAUAGUAAUACUUAAAAAAAAUGCACUUCCCAUUCACUUUAAUUUAAGAGAAUAUUCUAGUUCAAUUUCCAAGCAAAUAUUCCAGUUCAAUUCCCGCUGUGAAAGCAAUUAUAUCCACAAACCAAAAUGAGCAACCUGAAAUCAGGUGGGGAGAAAAUCAAAUGAAAUAUAGAAAAAUUUUACACAUUAUAGUGAAGCAAAAGUGAUAGUGUACUCAUUGUUACACCAAUUUAAACUUUACGUACAUAAUUUUAUUGUUGUUAUAAUUUUUAAUUAAUCAUAGGAGUAAACAUUAGAAGAAUAAGUUAUUUUGUACUGUUAGGCAAUACAUUCAGUUGUUUUAUUCCUAGUUUGUUAAGAGCGGUAGUUUGUACGUAGUUAAAAUUUGGAAUGUUCAGAUGUCAAAUUUUGGAGAAUGAUGCGUUCAGUUCUAAAACACCGAAAUUGAAACCAUCAUAUAUUUUUGUCAAUAAAAUUUAUUUGAUUUCAAAA